UCUCUCGCCCGCGGUCUCUCGCCCAAAGCGCGGAGCCUGCUCUUCUGGCCAACUUCCCUACCUCUCUCGCUCGCAAGUCUCACCACCUCGGUUACUUGGAACCCUAACGAGCGAAUUCGAAACCCUCGCGCGGCCCCUGCAAUUCGCUUCCGUUCUUUCCGUCUCCUCGUAAUCGGUGGUCCUCUUGAUACGCGCGGCCGCGAUGGAUCUCGCCUCCCUUACCGUUGUCCUCCGCGCCGCGCUCAGUCCUAUCCCGGAGGAGAGGAAGGCCGCCGAGGAGAGCCUCAAUCAGUUCCAGUACACACCAAAGCAUUUGGUGAGGUUGUUGCAGAUUAUAGUAGAUGGCACUUAUGAUAUGGGUGUGCGACAAGUUGCCAGUAUUCAUUUCAAAAACUUUGUGGCAAAACACUGGUCACCGCAUGAUCCUGGGGAGCCUCAGAAAGUAUCUGAAAUUGACAAGAGCAUGGUUCGUGAGAACAUUCUUGGAUUUAUUGUGCAAGUUCCACCACUGCUGAGAGCUCAACUUGGAGAAUGCAUUAAAACAAUUGUUCAUGUUGAUUAUCCAGAAAAGUGGCCAAGUCUUCUUCACUGGAUAAAGUGCAAUUUGCUGAUGCAAGAUCAAGUACUAGGAGCUUUAUUUGUUUUACGAGUUCUGGCAAGGAAAUACGAGUUCAAGUCAGAUGAAGAACGAACCCCACUUUAUCUUAUUGUUGAAGAGACAUUUCCUCUUUUACUAGAUGUAUUUAACAAACUUGUUCACAUUGUUAACCCACCAAUUGAGGUAGCUGAUUUGAUCAAGCUGAUAUGCAAAAUAUUCUGGUCAUCCAUAUAUUUAGACAUCCCCCGGCAACUGUUUGACCCCAAUGUGUUCAGUUCAUGGAUGGUUCUGCUCUUGAAUAUACUGGAAAGGCCUGUUCCUUUGGAAGGCCAACCUUCUGAUCCUGAAGUACGGAAAUCUUGGGGAUGGUGGAAAGUCAAGAAGUGGACAAUCCACAUCUUAAAUCGUCUAUAUACUCGGUUUGGGGAUCUGAAGCUUCAGAAACCAGAAAGCAAAGCAUUUGCUCAAAUGUUUCAGAAGAACUAUGCUGGAAGAAUUUUGGGGUGCUAUCUCCAGUUGCUUAAUGAGAUUCGUAUAGGUGGAUAUUUACCUGAUCGGGUUACCAACCUGAUACUUCAGUAUCUUGGGAACAGUAUUUCAAAGAAUAGUAUGUACCAGUUGCUCCAGCCUCAGCUUGACAUCAUCCUCUUUGAGAUAGUCUUUCCACUUAUGUGUUUCAAUGACAAUGAUCAAAAUUUAUGGAGCGAAGAUCCACACGAGUAUGUCAGGAAAGGCUAUGAUAUUAUAGAGGAUUUGUACAGUCCUCGAACAGCAGCCAUGGACUUUGUGAGUGAACUAGUGAGAAAGCAUGGGAAGGAAAAUCUCCAGAAGUUCAUUCAUUUCAUUGUGGAUAUUUUUACGAGAUAUGAUGGGGCAUCUGUUGAAUUUAAGCCAUAUCGUCAGAAAGAUGGUGCUCUUCUGGCUAUUGGAGCAUUAUGCGAUAAGCUUAAGCAAACUGAGCCUUAUAAGUCAGAGUUAGAGCACAUGUUGGUGCAACAUGUUCUCCCUGAAUUCACUAGUCCUAUUGGCCACCUUCGAGCAAAGGCGGCAUGGGUUGCAGGGCAAUAUGCCCACAUCAACUUUUCAGACCAGAACAAUUUUCGUAGAGUGUUUCACUAUGUUGUUUCUGGUUUGCAAGAUCCAGAGCUUCCUGUUCGUGUUGAUUCAGUCUUUGCUUUACGCUCUUUUGUCGAAGCAUGCAAAGAUCUGAAUGAGAUACGUCCAAUUCUUCCUCAAUUACUUGAUGAGUUCUUUAAACUUAUGAAUGAAGUGGAGAAUGAAGACCUUGUUUUUACUCUUGAGACUAUAGUGGACAAAUUUGGUGAAGAGAUGGCACCAUAUGCUAUUGGAUUGUGCCAGAAUCUGGCUGCUGCAUUUUGGAGGUGCUUGGGUGCAUCUGAAUCAGAUGAUGAGGUUGAUGAUUCUGGUGCUCUAGCGGCUGUUGGAUGUUUACGUGCUAUAAGUACAAUUCUUGAAUCUGUGAACAGGCUUCCCCAUCUUUUUGUCCAAAUUGAGCCAACUUUAUUACCUAUUAUGCGGAAAAUGCUAUCUACAGAUGGCCAAGAUGUUUUUGAAGAAGUUCUAGAAAUAGUCUCCUACAUGACAUUUUACUCCCCAACGAUCUCAUUGGAGAUGUGGACUCUUUGGCCUUUAAUUAUGGAUGCACUUGGAGAUUGGGCUAUUGAUUUCUUCGAUAAUAUACUUGGUCCAUUGGACAACUAUAUAUCCAGGAGUACAUCACAUUUUCUUACCUGCAAAGACCCUGACUACCAGCAAAGUUUAUGGAAUGCACUCUCAUCUAUGUUGUCAGACAAAAAUAUUGAUGAUGCUGAUAUUGAGCCUGCUCCAAAGCUUAUUGAAGUAGUAUUUCAAAACUGUAAAGGUCAAGUGGAUCGUUGGGUUGAGCCUUAUCUCCGAAUCACAAUUGAAAGAUUGCAGCGAGCAGAGAGGCCAUACUUAAAGUGCCUCUUGAUGUUAGUGAUCGCAGAUGCUAUCUAUUACAAUCCUUCAUUGACACUAAAUAUACUACAUAAGCUUGGGGUCGCUGCACAUUUUUUCAAUCUAUGGUUCCAGAUGAUACAAGAAGUGAAAAAGAGUGGGACACGUGCAAAUUUUAAAAGGGAACAUGAUAAAAAGGUUUGCUGUUUAGGAUUAACAUCACUUCUUGGCCUCCCUGCUGAUCAGUUGCCAGGAGAAGCAUUUGAACGUGUCUUUAAAGCAACACUUGAGCUGCUGGUCUCUUAUAAAGAUCAAGUAGCUGAAACUAAGAAGCAGGCUGAUACUGUUGAUGAUAUAGAUGGCUUUGAAGAUGAUGAUGAUGAUGAUGAUGAAGAUGAGGAAGAUGAGUCUGACAAAGAAAUGGGAGAUGAUUCUGUGGAUGGGGAUGAAGCUGACAGUCGAAAGCUCCAAAAAUUAGCAGCAGAGGCAAGGGUUUUUCAGUCAAACUAUGAGGAUGAUGACUCAGAUGAUGAUUACAGUGAUGACGAAGUAUUGCAAUCACCAAUCGAUGAGGUGGACCCCUUUAUUUUCUUUAUUGAUACUGUCCAAGCGGUGCAAGCAUCCAAUCCCAUUAGAUUUCAGAACCUAACACAGACCUUGGACUUCCGCUAUCAGGCAAUGGCAAGUGGCAUUGCUCAACAUGCUGAACAAAGAAGAGUAGAGGUUGAGAAAGAGAAGCUGGAACAGACAGUAACCAAGUGAUGUUAGUUGUCUUACUACAUAUUGGAACUCUCCCCAUAAAUCAUAUUGUUGACCGUAUCUUCACUGGGGUAAACCCUGAGUUUGGUCAGGGUGUCCUGGCUCAUCUUGCUUGAGUUCAUACAGCCUAGGACUAUCCGAGGGAUGAUCGCCAUAGCUAUUACAGACUCCUAGAAUUUUUUGCUUCUCCUGGGGUAGGAGAGAACAAGGUAACAGACACAUGGUGAGAAAUUCUGUUAUCUUUGUAAGUUUUGUCAAAGCUUUUAAUGGUUGGCAGUGACAACUCCAUGGUGAAUGGAUGCUGUCACCUAAUCAUGUCCUCUUUUUUCCAUUCUUAAGCAUUAGCUGUAUGGGAAUGAUUCAUUGGUCUAUCUAUUUGAGGCUAUUGUUUGAGGUC